AUGAGGAACAGAGCCAGCACCUCCUUAUCCAAGGGCAAAAUCCGUCAAUCAUGGAGCAAGUACAACUUGUAUAAUCUGCAACGAUUUCGCUCACCUGCCACCACGAACCGCACAUUUUUCCAGCAAAAAUGGACAGCAAAGGCCGUUUCGCGAGCCUACCAUGGCGAGCAGGUCCGUGAGGGCCAGUGGAAGCGCAUGUUCUCUCACCGCAUCCGCAGCGUCAUCCCAAUGGUUCCUUCCGACCUGGCCGCUGAUGAUGGAUCCAAGGUCUCUGCUGGUCGUGGUUCUGGGUUGGACAACCGGGAGGGCAGGUCUCGACCCAAUCGCCCGACUCCUUACACACAGAUGGCUUUUGCUCCCCUGGAGCGACGGCUGGAUGUUGCCAUCUUUCGUGCCUUGUUUGCCAGCAGCACUCGACAAGCCAGACAGUUUGUUAUCCACGGUGCGGUUACCGUGAACGGACAGAAGAUGAGACACCCAAGUUACCUUCUCAACCCCGGUGACCUGUUCCAAGUCGACCCGGAGCGUGUCAUGUUCGCUACCGGUGCCCCCAAGACCAAGUUCGAGCGUCGCGAAGGUCGCCAGCUCAAGCAAAAGGAGCAGAAUGAUGGGGAGGCCGAGGAGGCCGAGGCCCAGGAGACUGAGGCCGCCGAGCAGCAAACGCCCAAGGAUGGGAAGGAGGAUACUCGGGGCACUCUCAAAGCUUUAAUGGCCCAGGCCAAGACCAUUAUGUCCACAGAUAAGGAAGUUCUCCCCGCUAAGCGCAAGCAAGAGCUACGUGGGUUCCAGAAGGCUGUGCGCCGUGUGCUGUCCCGCUCCGACACAAGCUCUGUGCUCACAGACAGCCUGGAGGCCCAAUUUUCCGAACUCACUCUUUUGCUGAAGGCCAAGCGGGCUGAGAAGAAGUCCGAGAAGGCCGAGAAGGACGCAAAGAACGACGCCAAGGAGACCGCAAAAGACUCCUCUGUUGCUCCCAAGAAAUCGGAGCAGGACAAUACCAAACUCUCUGAGGCCUUUCAGACUGCCGCUGAGGGCGGCGAGGUUGACACCUCUGAGCUUACUGAUGAGGAAUUCGAAGUCCUCAGACGUGCUCUUACCCAGAUGCGCGACAACCCUAUCGAUAACUCCAAGCCUUAUGCUACCCCUUGGCGUCCACGCGACUUUAUGUCCGCUUUUGCUUUCAUUCCGCGCUAUCUCGAAGUGAACCAGAACAUCUGCGCUGCAGUGUAUCUGCGCCAUCCUGUCGCGCGGCCUGGCUUCGCUGAGGUACCCACUCCCUUUGGCGAGUCGAUCAGCACCCCAGCCUACGGCUGGUACCUAAAGAGACGUUGGUAG